AGUUCCGCUUCCUGUCCGACUCUGGCAUCUUUGCUGAGGGUCACAUUGAGCUGCGAGGUGCAUUGGGGGUGCCUUGAGGAUUCAGCACCAUGGAGGAAGACAUCAAGACCAACCUCAAGAACUACAAGACUGCUCCUUUUGACAGCCGCUUCCCCAACCAGAACCAGAGCAGGAGCUGCUGGCAGAACUACCUGGUCUUCCACCUCUGUAAGAAGGCAGGGACCGCUAAAGAAGGUGAUGUCUCUGUGUGUGAAUGCUACUGGCGUGUGUACAAGUCCCUCUGCCCCAUGUCCUGGGUCACAGCCUGGGACGAGCACCAGGUUGCAGGCAUGUUUCCUGGGAAGGUCUGAACUGGCUGCACCACCCUCUCCUGUGUCGUCUGUCCUUGUCCCAGGGUGGGAAAGGCGGACCUAGUACCCAGUGAUCCCCACCCCGGGAUCCUAAAUCAUGACUUAACUGCUUACAAAAACUUGUUGGAAAAGUGAAAAAAAAAAAAAA